AUGAGGGACGCUGUAGCCCGCAAGGGACCAGCGGCAAUCCCCAAGGAGCGAGCGGAGGGCUGGGUAACGGUCGCAGCUAGGCACAUCCUUAGGAAGGUCAAGAAUGAGCCAAGCCUUAAGACUCUAGGGCAAACAGUGCAAGGGGUGCGACGCACCGCAAAGGCAGAGCUCCUACUAGUACUGGAGAAAGCGGCAGACCCGAAAACCCAGGUAAUGCAGGCAGCGUUUCAAGAGGCGCUCGGAAGCACGGCCGAAGUCAGAAGCCUUACUGAAACGGCUAUCAUUGAGGUAAAGGACAUAGACGAGGUGUCCACUCAAGAAGAAGUGCUGGCGGAGCUUAAGGAGCAGGCAGGGGUAGCCAUAAAUGAGGCUGCGGUCAUUGCCUUUCGACCAGCCUACAGGAGAACCCAGACCCUGACGCUGAAAGUCUCGCCGGCAGUAGCAGCGACGCCUUUAGGAAAAGGAAGAAUCCGUUUGGGAUGGGGUUAUUGCCGGAUACGGCCCAAAACCACGCCCAGAAGAUGCUUUAAGUGCAUGGAGUUUGGGCACAUCGCGACGAACUGCAAAAGUGCCCAAGACUACACAAAGUCGGCAGCGGGCGAAGGACACGAAGCACCAAACGACGAGUUCGAGGUGCCCGCAGUACCAAAAGGCGAUCCAGCAGAUGAGGGAUAG